GCUACCCAGGGAGGGCUCCAUACGGCGUUGUUCUCGGUUCCCACGUAACUUAAAGGGAAACUUUUCACAAUGUCCGGAGCCCUUGAUGUCCUGCAAAUGAAGGAGGAGGAUGUCCUCAAGUUCCUUGCAGCAGGAACCCACUUAGGUGGCACCAACCUUGACUUCCAAAUGGAACAGUACAUCUACAAAAGGAAAAGUGAUGGCAUCUACAUCAUCAAUCUGAAGAGAACCUGGGAGAAGCUUCUGCUGGCAGCUCGGGCCAUUGUUGCCAUCGAAAACCCAGCUGACGUCAGUGUCAUAUCGUCCAGGAAUACUGGCCAGCGAGCUGUGCUGAAGUUUGCUGCUGCCACUGGAGCCACUCCCAUUGCCGGCCGCUUCACUCCUGGAACCUUCACCAACCAGAUCCAGGCAGCCUUCCGGGAGCCAAGACUUCUGGUGGUUACUGAUCCCAGGGCUGACCACCAGCCUCUCACAGAGGCGUCUUAUGUUAACCUGCCCACCAUCGCUCUGUGUAACACAGACUCUCCGCUGCGCUAUGUGGACAUCGCCAUCCCUUGCAACAACAAGGGGGCUCACUCAGUGGGUCUGAUGUGGUGGAUGCUGGCCCGCAGGUGCCCUCUGUACCCAUUCAGCAGUUUCCUACUGAAGGUUGGAGUGCUCAGCCUGCCACUGAAGACUGGUCUGCAGCCCCCACUGCUCAGGCUACUGAAUGGGUAGGAACAACCACUGAGUGGUCCUGAGCUUUUCGUCCACAAAUUCUUAACGGAACGGAAAUAAGGUUGAUGGAAAAUAAACAGUUU